AUGGCAGCCAUCCUCCUGACAGCGAGACCCAAGGUGCCAGUGUCUUUUGAGGAUGUGUCUGUGUACUUCACAAAGUCAGAAUGGAAGCUUCUGGACCUCAGACAGAGGAUCCUCUACAAGCGGGUGAUGCUAGAGAACUAUAGCCAUUUGGUGUCACUAGGAUUUUCCUUCUCCAAGCCUCACCUGAUUUCCCAGCUGGAACGAGGAGAGGGGCCCUGGGUAGCAGACAACCACAGAACAGGAGUGACCACCAGACUGCACACAGGUGACAGGAUAAGGAGCCACACGUCAAUUUCAAAGCAGACACACUCUCAAACAGAACUCCCAGGAGCUGCUGAGGGGGGUCAGGUGGUGAGGUUGCCUCUGCCACAGCGAAGCAGCAACCAGGGCUACGGGCAGAGUUCACUCAGUCGGCAGCCAUGUACCACCAGCGCGGAGAAGCGCUACCUGUGUCAGCAAUGUGGGAAGUCCUUCAGCCGCAGCUCCAACCUCAUCAAACACCGGGUCAUCCAUAGCAGCGAGAAACCCUAUGCCUGCCCAGACUGCGGGAAGCUGUUCCGGCGCAGCUUUGCGCUGUCAGAGCACGCACGCAUCCACAGUGGCGAGAAGCCAUUUGCCUGCCCUGAGUGUGGCAAGGCCUUCACACGCAGCUCCAACCUCAUCAAGCACCAGGUUAUUCACAGCGGCGAGAAGCCGUUUGCCUGCAGCGACUGCGGGAAGCUGUUCCGGCGCAGCUUCGCACUACUUGAGCACGAGCGCAUCCACAGUGGUGAGCGGCCCUAUGCGUGCCCAGAGUGUGGCAAGGCCUUCAGCCGCAGCUCCAACCUCAUCGAGCACCAGCGCACUCACAGCGGUGACAAGCCCUACACAUGCGGGCAGUGCGGCAAGGCCUUCAAAGGUGUGUCACAGCUCAUCCACCACCAGCGCAGCCACAGUGGUGACAAGCCCUUUGCAUGCCGCGAGUGCGGCAAGGCCUUCCGUGGCCGCUCGGGCCUUAGCCAGCAUCGGCACACGCAUAGCGGUGAGCGGCCUUAUGAGUGCAGCGACUGCGGCAAGGCCUUUGGCCGCCGGGCCAACCUCUUUAAGCACCAGGCGGUGCAUGGCGUGGGCACCCGGACUGCCGGCUGGUCCCGGGGCUCCAGCAGGAGCGCUGCAGCCUCAGGAGGCCCUCCACAGGGAAGCGACACCUCCCAGCCUGGGCCAAGUGGCAGCUGA